CCACAAUUUCGCAUCUUUAUCUCUUCCAUCCCACACAGUUCACCCACCUCCAAGAUUGCAGAUUAAUGAUCAUGUCGUAUGCAACUUCUGCUUUCGAUGAACACGUUCGGAAAACCAUCGAUGAAUGGAAUGUACCAGGACUCGGAAUUGCGGUUGUACAAGGCGACCAGAUUCAUGCAAAUGGUUACGGCGUAGCUCAUCUCAACGGCGAAUUAUGCACCGAAGAUACGCUCUUCGACUGUGCAAGCACUUCCAAAUCUUUCACUGCAGCAUGCGUCGCGCUGCUCGUCGAUGAUGAAGCGUAUCCAGACGUGCAAUGGCGGACACCAGUCUCCAAGCUGUUGCCUGACGACUUCGGUCUCCCAGACCCGUAUCUUACAGCCAACGUCACCAUUGAGGAUAUCCUCAGCCACCGGACUGGGGUUCCAGGACACGAUAAUGCGCUCUUCGGCCAAAAGGCUGUGCAGCCAGACACUGCAAAAUCUGUGACGCGGAAAUUGAGGGAUUUGCCAUUCAAUAAGCCGUUGCGAACUGACUACCAGUAUAGCAACAUUAUGUAUACGGUUGCUACGCAUCUCAUUGAGACCGUCACGGGCGAGUCGUACAGCGAAUUCGUGAGGAAGAGGAUCUGGGAGCCGCUCGGCAUGUCGAACACCUACCAGGAUAUCACCGGUGUCGAAGCCGGAAAUGCGAAAGAUCGUUUGGCGAUGGGCUAUCAUUGGGACAAAGAGAACAAAGAGUAUUUCACUAUUCCAUCGUACGUACAGCCUGAAGGGCAGGGUGCAGGAUGCGUCUUCAGCAGUGUCGGCGACUACGCAAAAUGGGUGCGGGCGCUUGUCCAGCGCUCUUGUCCGUUGUCAGAGGAGGCUCACAAAGAGAUGAUCAAGGGGCGAAUCAUUGUUCCGUAUGAGAGCAACGACGUGCUUCCGCUUUAUGGACACUCUUUGUAUGCCCUGGGACUGAUUGUUGAAUCGUACCGCGGGCAUGUCGUGGUCGGCCACGGUGGAUCUUUCGAUGGGUUCAAGGCCUUGAUGCGAUUUUUGCCGGGGCAGGACUGGGGUGUUGUCAUGUUUGGCAACUCAGAUGAUGCGUUCUACGUCCUGCAGAUCUUGUUCCAUCAGUUGAUGGACGAUGUGCUCAAGGUCCCGCAGGAGGAGCGUACAGAUUCGCCUGCGUACUGGCGGAAGUAUCAUACGGACGAGGAGAAGGAAGAGGAAGAGGAGGACCCAGAAAUGUUACCACCCGAAUCGCCAGCACCGCUUCCAGUACCCUUGGGCAAGCUUGCUGGCAGUUACUUUAACGCUGGCUAUCGCACUUUGGUGCUUGCGCACAACGAUGGAAGAUUGAAGGCUGACUGCACGGACAGAUGCAUGCCCUUCGACCUUGAGUUCCAUCAUCUGUCUGAGAACAAGUUCGCUGCUGAAUACAAAGAUCUGCUAGACAGAAGCAGACGAAAAUUGAAGGCCGAGUUUGAAAUUCGUGAAGAUGGGGUGGUCCAGAGUAUGGGUAUAGCACUGUGCGAUGGGAUGAAGGAUGAGUUGAUAUGGUUUCAAAAGCGUAGAUAGCAUUAUUGCAGUC